UAUCAUACAAUAACAACAACACUAAUAUCAUGGUCGAUCCUUAUAUUGCAGAUUGUUGUUGUUAUCUUUGUGCCAAUGUUUGCUGUUAUAGAUUGCAAACCAUCAGCUGAUCUCAAGUUCAACCAAUACGGAUACUUCAAGAUAUGUCAGUUCACAGACUUGCACUAUGGCAAUAGCGAUCAAUUGGAUCAACAAACCUUUGAAGGUCAAGAGAUCAUAUUAGAUAGAGAGAAGCCUGACUUGGUCGUGCUCUCAGGUGAUAUGAUAAGCGGGAACAACCAGCGAUUCUCUGACCCUACAGUAUACAAGCCCAUAUGGGACUUGAUGACCCUACCAAUGAGGAGUCGGAAAAUACCAUGGGCAAUAACAUUUGGUAAUCAUGACGAUGAAGGAGUGUUCUCAAACAGGAGGAUCAAUGAAUUGGACAUGAGCUAUGAUCUGAGUUUAUCACAGACAGGCCCACUCAAUCUACCUGGCAUUUCAAACUAUGUUCUCAAGGUCCAGAGCUCAUCGGCAUCACCAUCGACGACAUCGCCAUCAGUAUAUAUCUUUGAUUCCAACACUGGAUACUGUGGAGAGGAGGGAGAGUGGGGCUGCAUUCAGUCGUCGCAGGUGGCCUGGUACAAGAACCUGUCCGAUCAUUACAAGACUCCUGCAUUGGCAUUUGUACAUGUGGCACCAGUCGAUGCCAUUGACCUUUGGAACAACCAUGAGGUCUAUGGCGACUUUGGAGACAGUGGCGUAUGCUGUUACUACACCGAUCAAUCAUACUUUAUGAAGACAAUGAUUGAGCGACAGGACAUCAAAGGACUCUACUUUGGACACGAUCAUGCCAAUGACUUUGUUGGUGAUUACUAUGGUAUAUCAAUGGGUUAUGGAAGAAAAUCAGGUUAUGGUUCAUAUGCACCAAAGUAUACGAUAGGUGCAAGGAUCAUACAGAUACAGGAGAGGACAAAUAGAUUGACAACUUGGAUUAGGAAUGUAGAUGGACUCGUCGAGACUCAAUACCAUCACCUGCCAAACGAACAGGACGCUGUAGCCAGGUAUUGUUGUGGCAAACGUGACAAUGAGUACAGUGGAUAUUGGGGCAUCUUUACAGGUCUAAGCGGAUUCCUGUUGUUGGUCAGUUGUCUAAUCCAAUGGCAAUUCGGCAGGAGGAAGGAUAAUGUAGGAGGCGUGCUCGGAGGUAGAUCACUGUCCUUCCAGCUGCUGCCCACGACGAUGUCCAUCAACAACAACAAACCUGUAUAC